GUUUUACGCACACACACGGAAUAUAAAACGUGUUCUUGGCCAAGGUCUUACACAGAGAAAGCAGCGGCGCGCGGGCCAGUAGGCAGCGGACAGCAUCGCGGCAUGAUGGGGGGACUCGCUGUCCUGUGGCUCUACUUUGUGGCUCAGGUGCUCGCUGGCCACACAGAGGGCCAUCGGAUCGUGUUUCCUGUUAUUGAAUAUCUGGAGGAAGGGGACCCCUGCACCACGUACUCCGGCGUCCCUGGCAAGUGUGUGGAUUUACGUGAAUGUGACUACACCCGCCUCACCUUCAAGCAUGAGUCCCACUUCAGAUGUGGCUUUAAAGGCAUAAUCCCCGUGAUCUGCUGCCCCCCUUCUGCCCCAGGCCCGGCACUCUUUGAUAGUCACGUCCCAGCCAAACAAGAUGACAGCCACGUCCCAGCCAUACACGGUCACAGUCACGUCCCAGCCAUACACGAUAAUAGUCACGUCCCAUCCAUAAAAGAUGAUAGUCACUUCCCAGCCAUACACGAUAAUAGUCACGUCCCAGCCAUACACGGUGAGAGUCGCGUCCCAGCCAUACACGAGGAUAGGCACGUCCCAGCCAUACAAGACGCGUUCCAGUUCGAUCUCUAGUGCACGAGGACCACACGGGGAGGAGGGACACUACCAGUAUGAUGGUGUAAGGAGUCGCGCAGCUUGUGAUGACUGAUGAUAGCAAGAAAAUAGAAUGAUGUUCCUCUCUUGAUUCUUUGAUUCCCUGUACUCUUCUUCACCCUAAACAUUCUUCACAUUAUGUCUGCCUUUCGAGAAGGAACAUAUCAAAAGGAAACACAUGUAGAGUAAAGAAGGUGGAGUUUCUGUUCGUGUAGAUUGUGCAUAGUGUGCCGUGCACACACAUACAUAAUUAUAAUAAAAAAAUAAGUUGUCUAUUAUUUAAUCGUAUAUGUAUCUCAUUCGAUCUCACGUUUAGCUUGGCCUGUCUUUAUAUAUACCGCUGGGAGAAUUAAAACUAUUAUUGUAA